AUGAGAAGAAUUAAUAUAAAUAUGCAAUCAACAUCGUCUUUCGAAUCGUUUUUACCGCAGGUAAGUUCUUAUCAUUGAAAAAUAAUGUUUUUACGGAAAUGAUGAGUCAUAUCAAAACAUGGUUCAUGUUUACACAUCAUUUGAAUUUUAAAUUCCGCCGAUCAAAGUUUUUUAUAUAUUUAGUUUUUAGUUUCUCGGUGAUCUUUAAACUAGGCAGAUUUCAAUAUUUUGAUCUUUUCAUAUAAAAAUUAAUCCCACUUCCAAUCCUUUUACAGACCAAAACAAUACCAACUAGACGGAAAAUGCGAAAAAUUGCGUAUUUUUGUAUUUUGGCUUGUGCAAUUUUCGUCUUCAUGCUCGCCGUUUCCAGUUGGUUUCUUAUACACGAUUUAGGUUGUUGUGCUGUGAAAUCUUUUGGGAAUUUUAAAAAUAAAUUUGCAUGUUUGUGUUGUAUUUUCCGCUUUGGGAUUUACCUGAGUUUUUUUUAAUGUUGAAGAAGAAUAUGAUAUUUUUGAAUCGAAUUUUUCUUGCAGAUUCUCAAGAUGAAAUUCAAGUUCAAUCAUCUGGUUUUAUGCUCGAUCCACUUCGAAAUGAGCAAAGUUAUCGAAUUCUAUUAGUCGGUGAUACUGGAGGAAUCCCAAUUCUCGAAACAACUUGGGCUCAACGAGAUGUCAAAUCAACAAUGGCUCUAAUGGCCGCGGAAAAUGAUGUUCAAUUAAUUCUCAACGUUGGAGACAAUAUCUAUUUCACCGGUCCAAUCAAUGAAUUCGACGAGCGUUUCGAGACCCGUUUCGAAAAAGUAUACGAUUCUCCAAGUUUGCAAGUUCCCUGGUUAAUGAUUGCUGGAAAUCACGAUCAUUUCGGAAACAUCACCGCUGAAUUGGAAUACACAAAACGAAGUAAGAAAUGGUUUUUCCCGUCGCUUUAUUAUAAAAAACAGGUGGAAUUCAAUGGAACGAAGAUUGAUUUUUUGAUGAUUGAUACAAUUGAAUUAUGCGGGAAUACGAAGGAUAUUCAGAAUGCUGGAUUUUUCGAAAUGUUGAAGAAUGAAUCGCAUGAUCCAAGAGGACCUGUAAAUGUUACAGCUGCGGAAAACCAAUGGGAUUGGAUUGAAUCAAACCUAAACUCUUCAGAGUAAGCAGAAAUUUUUUAAGAUAAUUAACUACAACUAAAUUUGUUCAGCGCUCAAUAUCUCCUGGUUUCUGGUCACUAUCCAGUGCAUUCAAUGUCCUCCCACGGUCCAACUGAUUGCCUUCGUCAAAGACUUGUCCCACUUCUCGAAAAAUACAACGUCAAUGCUUAUUUCUCAGGGCACGAUCACACUUUACAGGUCAGACAUGAACCAAUUUCUGAGCAAAUUUUCAAAUUUUCUUUGAAUUACAGCACUUUGUUUAUGACGACAGGGAAGAUGAGCAUAAAAUACAUUAUAUUGUUUCUGGAGCUGCUUCUCGUGCAGAUGCAUCGACUAAACAUAAAGAGCAAUUCAAGAAGGAUAAUUUAUUGUAUUAGUAAGUCACCCUACACGGCCUUUCUCAUUUUUUUUCUAACAAAAUCUCAACAUUUUCCAGCUAUCCCUCAUCAUCCUGGUUCUCAUGGAGUCCAGUUUCUCAACUCGGUUUUCGAAAAGGCGGAAUAACCUACAUGGAAUUUGGACAUGACUCAGCCAAAUUCACAUUCCACGAUAAGAAAGGGGAGAAAUUGUAUGGAAGUAGUAUACCUGUUCGACAAAUUCCGGAUCAUUCGAAGAUUCGAAUCACACAGAAUCCAUUCGUCGAAAUUUGA